AUGGCGGUCAUGAUGAUGACAGGUGUCAAUGACGCCAUCAUGUGUCGCAGCUUCUGCACAACUCUGGAUGGCCAGGCUCAAGAUUGGUUCGGGUCCUUACCGGGGGAGUCCAUCCCCACUUUCGCCGUCCUAGCUAAGAAGUUUAUGUCACACUUCGCUGGCAGCAUACAACGAAGGAAGCAGUUCGCCGACCAGUGCUACCUGAAGCAACACAAGUCGGAGACCUUGACGGAGUCUAAUUUCGACGAAAGGUCCGCCAUCCUGUUCUUCACCAACAACCUCAGGUCCGGUCUUUUCCACAGCGACCUCGUCUGGAACGAGCCCAAGACGUACACGGAGCUAAUGGACCGCGCCGCGCGGUAUGUCAAUGCCAAGGCGGCAGAGAAGAGGAAGAAAGAGGAGGAGGAGGGCCGGGGCCGGAGCGACAAGGCGCCUCAACCUCAAGAGGACCGUCGCCCAUCACGGUCACGCCGUGAUCGGGGUCCCCGUCUAGCCCCACUACGACACCUGACCCCAUUGACACAGCCCGUGACCGUUAUUCUGGACCAUGUGGAGGACAUGGGCAUCGUGUCGUUCCCCGAGGAAUGCUUAAAGAUCUCCCCCAAGGACGACCCGAAGAAAUACUGUCGUUUCCAUCGGCAGCGCGGGAACGACACGGACGAGUGUAUGGUCCUCAAGAGACAGAUCGAGGAGCUCAUCUAG